AUGAUAGUCAAGAUAGACACAUCACAAACAUACACUUUGGCAUCUACUACACUACAAAAAGUCCUGGUCAAGAGGAAAGUCCUCGAUGACAGAAAUUUGUUAAAGAUACGAGCAUUUUUCCAUUUCCAUCUUGUUCUUUCAGAUAAUAAAUCUUAUUACGAAAAACCAAGGAUUGACAAUUACUUUUGGAUUCAUCUUGAGAAGAAGGUACCAACUGGGGCAGCACUUGUUCGUGAUAGAGUAAUGCCGCCACAACUUUAUGGGCAGCAAAUCAGUUUAGUGGCUGUGUUGCCAAUGAAAAUGAACUCCAACAAUGGUCAGAUCAAAUUGGUUCGGAUGUCCCAUUCUUUUUCUCUCAUUGCACAGCCUACUGUACAGGUCGAGGUAAGAUAUGUCUUUUAA